AUGAAAGCAGCUCAGCUUUCAGGAACUGACUGGACAUCAUGUCUCGGGCACGGCAGCCCCCCCUUGUCACUGGCAUCUCUCCCAAUGAAGGCAUCUCAUGGACAAAAGUGACAAUUAGAGGAGAAAAUUUGGGGACUGGGCCUACAGACCUCAUAGGUUUAACAAUCUGUGGUCACAACUGUCUGCUAACUGCUGAGUGGAUGUCUGCCAGUAAAAUCGUGUGUCGAGUCGGACAGGCCAAAAAUGACAAGGGAGACAUCAUUGUUACUACAAAGUCUGGUGGCAAAGGAACUUCAACUGUUUCCUUCAAACUGCUUAAACCUGAAAAAAUAGGUAUCUUGGAUCAGUCUGCUGUCUGGGUGGAGGAGAUGAACUACUACGACAUGCGCACGGACAGGAACAAAGGGAUCCCCCCCUUGUCCCUGCGCCCAGCCAACCCCCUCGGCAUCGAGAUAGACAAAGGCAGGUUUCCUCAGAAAGACUUAGAGGCACUGUUUCCUGGGAUGAGUGCUGAUUUCACCAGUGAAAACUUUUCUGCUGCCUGGUACCUGAUUGAGAAUCACUCAACAACAAGUUUUGAUCAGCUCAAAACGGCUGUUGUGAAUUUGAAGAAACAAGCCAAUAAGAAAAAUGAGGGGAGCCUGGCUUACGUGAAGGGAGGUCUCAGCACGUUUUUUGAAGCACAGGAUGCUCUGUCAGCAAUCCAUCAAAAACUGGAAGCGGACGGAACGGAAAAAGUAGAAGGAUCCAUGACGCAAAAACUGGAGAAUGUACUGAACAGAGCCAGUAACACAGCAGAUACCUUGUUCCAGGAGGUGCUGGGCCGCAAGGACAAAGCUGAUUCCACGAGAAACGCACUUAAUGUUCUCCAGCGCUUUAAAUUCCUUUUCAACCUGCCCCUGAAUAUUGAAAGAAACAUCCAGAAGGGUGAUUAUGAUGUGGUUAUUAAUGACUACGAGAAAGCCAAGUCACUCUUUGGAAAGACAGAGGUUCAAGUGUUCAAAAAAUAUUAUGCUGAAGUUGAAACCAGAAUUGAAGCUCUGAGAGAACUUCUGCUGGAGAAGCUGCUUGAAACUCCGUCGACGCUGCACGAUCAGAAGCGUUACAUCAGAUAUCUUUCUGAUCUUCAUGCGCCUGGGGACCCUGCUUGGCAGUGCAUUGGUGCUCAACAUCAGUGGAUUCUGCAGCUCAUGCACAACUGUAAGGAGAGCUAUGUGAAGGAACAAAAAGGCAACCCGUUGCUCCACAGCCCCAUGCUGGACCUUGAGGGGGAUGUGCGGCCCUCGCCCAUCGGCCACCUCCCUCAGACUGCCUCACUGAAAAGGGGCAGCAGCUUCCAGUCUGGCCGUGAUGAUGCUUGGCGACAAAAAGCUCCUCAGCAAGUCGUUUUUGUUGAAAAGUUGACAAAACUUGUUGUAAGCCAGCUGCCCAACUUCUGGAAGCUCUGGAUUUCCUAUGUGAAUGGCAGCUUGUUCAGCGAGACUGCUGAAAAAUCUGGCCAAAUGGAAAGGUCAAAGAAGAAUGCUAGACAAAGACAAAAUGAUUUCAAGAAAAUGAUUCAGGAAGUGAUGCACUCUCUGGUAAAACUUAUCCGUGGAGCUUUGCUUCCCUUCAGCCUCAGAGAAGGAGAAUCAAGACAGUAUGGUGGCUGGGAGAUGAAAUCUGAACUUUCUGGCCAGUGGCUAACACAUGUUAUCCAGACUGUAAGGUAA